AUGAGUCGACACGACCCACACGGAUCGCUGCUUUGUAUCCACUCGGUGGUGGUGGAUCAGACCUUUAGACGUCGGGGACUCGCCACGCAGCUACUCAAGCGAUACGUGGAAGUCAUUCUAGACUUGCAGCCUCACGUGAAGCGCAUCAUGCUCAUCUCCAAGGCCAAUUUAGUUGGCUUCUAUGUGAAUUGCGGGUUCUCCGUGACGCGACUGUCGCCGGUUGUACACGGCCAAGAUCCGUGGUUCGAACUGUCGCUGGACUGCAAGAAAGCGAGACUACCGCCAUUGAUUCAGUGCCUGGUACUGUUUUUUUCUUAG